UCAUGCAUCUCUGCUUAAUGCCAUCACAUGAUGAGCCCUGGGGCUCUCCAUUUAAUCACAGAGUUGGAGGGCAGCAGAUAAACAUCAUUUCCACUGCUCUGAAGAGAGUUAACCUGUGCAGGAAUUGGGGACACAAUACACACACUCACUCCCACACCAUGAAGGGUCUCUGCCUCCUCCUAGGAGUUCUGCUCCUGGCCGAAGGAGUUCUGCAUGCUGCUGCCAAACAGUUUCGAGAUGUGAUGAACCAUGGAAGAUCUUCUUCUCAUGUCAGGUCCCAUAAGAAGCUACAUGGCUGGUCUCCUGAUCAAAAUCAGUGGAAUGAAAAGCUUUAUCCUUUCUGGGAAAAAGGAGAUCCUAGAUGGAAGGACUGCUGGAGAGGAGGAAAGGUGGUGGCCAGAUUGACCUCUGACAGCCCAGCUCUAGUAGGAUCAAAUGUGACCUUUACUGUGACCCUACAUUUUCCCAGGUGCCAGAUAGAAGAUAAUGACAGCAAUAUAGUAUAUGACAGGAACUGCAGGAACGAUUCCUCAGACUUUCCUGACCAGUAUGUCUACAAUUGGACUACGUGGAUUGAUGACUGUGGCUGGGAAAACUGCACAAGCAACAAUACCCAUAAUGUGUUCCCAGAUGGGAGACCUUUCCCUCGUCAUCCUGGCUGGAGAAGGAAGAACUUUGUCUAUUUGUUUCAUACAGUUGGCCAGUACUACCAAAAAACUGGAGGCUCUUCAGCAAUUAUUUCCAUCAACACAACAAAUAUCACCCUUGGCAAACAGAUGAUGGUGGUCUCUGUUUACAGAAGAGGUCAUCGAACAUAUGUUCCAGUUGCAACAGCAAGUGGCAUCUAUGUUGUGACAGACCAGAUUCCUUUAUAUGUGAACCUGUCCCAGAAGAAUGACCGCAAUGCCUCAGACUCUGUCUUCAUUAAAGAUUCUCCUAUCACAUUUGAUGUCAAGAUCCAUGAUCCCAGUCACUACCUUAAUAAUGCUGCUAUCUCCUACAAGUGGGAUUAUGGAGAUGGCAGUGGUUCAUUUAUAUCCAACAGCCCUAUUUCAAAUCACACUUAUACACUGCAGGGAAACUUCAGCCUGAAUUUGACCGUCCAAGCUAUUAUACCUAUACCGUGUGGGCCUGCAACACCUACCCCACCACUUCCUACCUCGCCAGGGGCAACAACGCAAAAUGCAACCAGUACCACAAACAAAACUGAGUCAACCACUCCUGCUAUCACUACUAUACCACCAUAUAAUCUGGACUCUCCCAUCAGUGCUGGUGUAAUGGAAGACACUCCUGAUGGAGGCUGCCAUAUUUACAGAUAUGGACAUUAUAAAACUACUAUCUCCAUUGUAGAGGGAAUCCUUCAGGUAAACAUUAUUCAGAUGACAAGUGUCCAGAUGACAGUGGCUCAAGGUGAAAACUCCCUGGUUGACUUUGUUGUUACCUGCCAAGGGAGUCUUCCUACAGAUGCCUGUACAAUAGUCUCUGACCCCACAUGCCAGGUAUCACAGAAUGUGGUAUGUGACCCUGUUGAAGUUACUGAUCAAUGCUUACUGACCAUCAGAAGAGCCUUCAAUGAGCCUGGAACCUACUGUGUAAACAUUACAUUGGGUGAUGAUGCAAGCCAAGCCCUCACAAGUGCCCUUAUAUCUGUAAAUGGAGCUCCAGGGUCAUCUUCGAGGACAGUGGAAGGUGUCUUGAUUGCCUCGGGUUUCUUGGUGGCAUUUGUCAUCAUUGUGUCUCUCCUUCUUUACAAGAGAUACAAAGAGUACAAACCUAUUGAAAGAUGUGCAGAACAAGCGGUGAACAGGGAGGGACUGAGUGUUUACUUCAACAAUGUCAAGGCUGUUCUCUUCCCUGGGAACAAUGAGAGAGAUCCUCUGCUGAAAAGCAAACCAGGAAUUGUUUAAAUCUUUAGC